AAGGGAAGGAAGAGGCUCUCUCAAGAUGUUGGUUUAAUGAAAUCUGAUUCUUAAACCCUCCUGUAUUUUUCUGACACAAGGUACCCCAGGUCCCAGCCUUGAUCCGAGUACCAGAUGCCCUCAGUUCAUUGGGUUUCUUUUCAUUAUCUGUAACAACAGCAGCCUGCUGUCAACAAGGUUAGACAAACAACCUGCUGAUAACAUGACUUCCAGGUUGCUCUUUCCAAGGCCAGAGCCUACAGGUUGUUUGCCACUGGGCUCCUGCUCCAGACAAGUGCUGUGUGUGCAUGCGCGCGCUCCUUGGCAAUGACAUCUGUCAUAUAGUACUGCCUGAUUACGCAUCGGGGCCUUGGUACCAUGGUACAGGCUGGGUUAACGACAUUGUUUAUCCUGUUUUGACAACUGAGAUAAGCCAGCUGCCCAGCCUGCCAUUCUGUCCCCAUCCUCCUGGCCCUGGCUGGCACUUUCAUUGAGAAAACACUUCUUGAUGCCACGUGAAGAACUUGCUUCCCCAGCCAAUCAGGCUAGAGUCAACUUGUUUUUUAAUGAAUGCUGCUUUGUCAAAGAGAGGUCAAGGGUGGAAGGGGGUGUUCCACUCACUGCCAGCGCCUUAUAAAUACCACUGAGCAUAGCAGCCAAAGGGUUGAGGCAGCUGAGCUCAGGGGAAGAGGCUGCAGUCAGAGAGCUUUGACAGGCACAGGAGUUUGCAGUUGUGCUUACAGAUUCUUCCUGUUAAGUGCAUCCAGAUCACCUUCUCCUUCAGAGUCAGCGGGAUCUGCUUGGUGGGCUUAGGUCUGAGUACAGGCAGCAUGGAAGUGGACUAUGAGAGAUGUCAGUGCCACAGCAAAGAGAACCGGAAUGCCAUCCUCUAUACCCUCCUGAGUCAAAACCUGAACCACAGUCAUAGCCCAUCCCAGCAGCGCUGCCGGUGCCAGAAGCAUCGCACUGUCUGCCUCCAGACACCCCAGGUCACCUGCCAGGCGGCCUCUGAUGUCCUGGUGAAAACAAUCAGCUUCAUGAAGAACCUGCCCUCCUUCCAGCUGCUGCCCCGGGAGGACCAGCUCCUCCUGCUGGACAGUUGCUGGGCUCCUCUCUUCAUUCUGGGAUUGGUUCAAGAGAUGGUGACAUUUGAUGUGAUGGAGACCCCAGCCCCCAGCAUGCUCAAGAACAUUCUCCUCAAUGGCCAGAGCAAGAGGCAGGAGCUUGAGAGGACACAACCCACCCUAGCCGGGGUGCAGCGGCUGCAGUGCUGCUUAAACACAUUCUGGAGCCUGGACCUGAGCCCUAAGGAGUAUGCCUACCUGAAAGGAGCCAUUCUUUUCAACCCUGACGUCCCAGGUUUAAGGGCCUCCUUGUACAUAGAGAGUCUCCAGCGGGAAGCACAGAGGGCGCUGCAGGAAGUUGUAGGACCGCUCCACCCAGAGGACCAGGGCCGCUUUGCCCGCAUCUUGCUGAUGGCCUCCACCCUGAAAUCCAUCUCUCCUGCCCUCAUCACAGACCUUUUCUUCCGCCCCAUCAUCGGCAACACAGACAUUGUUGAGCUGAUCACAGAAAUGCUGUAUGAAAUAACUGCCAAGCGGUCAGCUCUUUCAUCACGCGUGGCACCCUGAGUGCUACGUUCUGCAUGUGCUUUCACAGGCGUCUCCUGCUCACCGAGCUGGGUGUCAGAGGAUGGUAAAGUUAAUCCGGGAAUGGGACUUAACGGAAAAAAAUCGGACAUUACCAAGAGCUGGCCUGGCAUGUGUAUUCCACUCAGACUCUGAUCACAGAUUCCUCAGCUAAGGCAUAAAAUCACUUCCUAACUUAUCUGUCAUUCAGCAGAUGUUUACAUCGGGCCUUGCUCGUGGUACGACAUCAAACUCAGACUGCCAAGCUGUUUCUAAAAGUGCAUGUGCAUGGGAAGAUAAUGGUUCUGCUUCACUCUCCUGUAACUUGAAAACAGCUUGGCCAAAGCCCUUCAAACUUGCCAGGCAAAAUCAUUCUCUGAGCUGAUACUUUCCAUGGCAAAUAUUCAGGUCAAAAAGCAUCAGUGGGAGAAAGGAGGGAAUUGAAAUUAAGGCUUCUAACCAGAGGAGGAGGUGACAGGAAGUUACAGCUUUAAAGUGUCAUAGAGCAUUGCCAUUACAGAAAAAGAACGUGGUUCCUAGAUGUGCUUUCCACCCCCAGCAGUUCAUCACCUCAGUGGGAGCAGGGAGCACCGCAGGAAAUGACCCUGCAGUACAGAAUGGGUCAGAUCAGAGCACAAGCCAGACUCCAUGAGUCAGGGGGAAAUCCUGGUCUCACUGAAGUGAAUGGGACUUGAACAGAACCAGGCUUCUCCUCCUCCAUUCCAGGUGCUGACCUAGAGGGAGAAAACAGGCUUUGGACUGAGCUCAGAUGUCAGUAUUUGUGAGUGAGUGGUCUUCUGUCAUUUGUUCAUAAGUGGCAGUAAAUUAUUAGUUUUUUAAUAAAUUGAUUUAUGUUUUGGAA